AUGGACGAGAAAAAUAGAGCGAAAUUCACUUACCCGACCGAUCAACCGGUCGUAGCGUUAGAAGUGAAAUCCUCAUUCGAGAACUUAACGCAGCAAGAAAAGAUGUACGCUCACAACAUGUCGAAAGCCUGUUGGACCGGAGGCCUGAUCACCCUGUUGCAAACCAGCCCGGAAUCCGGACCGAUCUUCGUUAUUCUCCACAAAUUAUUCUACGCCCAAACGCCGGAGGUCUUUCAAAAAAACGCCCUCCAAUUCGGCUUCACCAUACUCGAAAUCAAAUCUCUGUUCGUGUACGCCGGCGCCUUGUUCACCAACAGCGGCAACUACAAGGGAUUCGGGGACUUGAAGUUCAUACCGGAUCUGCCGCAGGAGCGCUUCGAAAAAAUGUUACAGAUGAGCCCCGCUUGGGCUAAGAUAGAGCCGAUUUGGAAGAAGUACAAAGACGCCGUCUAUGACACCAGUUUAGGGAAACUGCGCCUCGACUUGUUCCCCGACGGGGUUACCACUUAUUUCUCCAAGAAUAUCACUUACGAAGACAUCGAAUUGGUGCAGGAAUGGAUGGACGCGCAAGGAAUGGAUUAUUACAAUACGAGGCUCUUCAAAAUUGUAACCAACACAAAGGUGACUUACGAGGUUAUGGUAGCAUCGGAAGAACAAAAAUUCAACGAAGCUAUUCUCGAAACCGGCGAAACGAUUAGAAUUAUUUACGGCGAUUACUCUCCGAUUAUGGCGAAAAUGAUUAAACAUCUGCAGCGAGCGGCGAAAUAUACUCGAAGCGAGCAACAAAACAGGAUACUGGAUAACUACAUUACCUCGUUCAGAACGGGAUCUCUAGAAGCCCACAAGUACGCCUCGAAGCUGUGGGUGCAAGACAAAAGCCCGCCCGUCGAAAGUUACAUGGGUUUCAUAGAAUCCUACAGAGACCCCGUGGGCCUACGAGGCGAAUUCGAGGGUUUCGUGGCCAUCGUCAACAAGGAAAUGACCGUCAAAUUCGCCACGCUCGUCUGUCGCGCCGAGAAACUCAUCAAGCUGUUGCCGUGGAGCAGGGCCUUCGAGAAAGACAGUUUCAACAAGCCCGAUUUCACCUCAUUGGACGUGGUGACGUUCGCCGGUAGCGGCAUACCGGCCGGCAUAAACAUACCGAAUUAUGAGGAUGUCCGGAAAACCGAAGGCUUCAAAAAUGUCUCGUUGGGGAACGUGAUACCCGCCAGUUACCAGCAGACAGUUAUACCGUUUCUCUGCGCCGCUGAAGCGAAUUUGCUGCAGAAACUCCGAAUCCCAGCGUUCGAAUUACAAGUGGGUUUGCACGAGCUGCUCGGGCACGGGUCCGGUAAGAUAUUCAAACGCGAACGGGACGGUUCGUACAAUUUCCCGCCGAAUCUGAUGGAUCCGCUCACCGGGAAACCGUUGGAGACGUUCUACGAUUACAACGAUACCUACGAAUCGAAGUUCGGCGGGCUGAGUUCCACGUACGACGAGUGCAGGGCCGAGGCCGUCGGGUUGUUGUUGAGCCUCGAGCCGGAGGUGUUGAGUAUAUUCGGUUUCGAAGGGGAGAAGGCGUCGGACGUGUCGUACGUGAAUUGGUUGUCUUUGGUGUGGGCCGGUGUUAGUAAGUGUUUGGAGUUCUACGAUACGGAUAAAGGAUGGUUUCAAUCGCACGCUGAGGCUCGUUUCGUGUUAACGAGAGUAUUGGUGCAAUCGGGCGUCGUCGUGAUACAGCAACCUUCCGAAGACGAUUUGAUGAUCAAUUUGGAUCGAUACGCGAUAGGCGGUGCUGGAAAAUCGGCCAUAGCGGAGUUCUUGUUGAAGCUGCAAGUGUACAAAGCGACGGGGAACUUGGAAAAGGCGACGGAAUUGUACAAUCAUUUUGCGAAGGUCGAAGAACCGUGGUUGAGCUGGAGGGAUAUAAUUUUAAUGAACAAACAACCGAGGAAGAUGUUCGUGCAAGUUAAUACGCAGCAAAUAGACAAUACGGUUUUGGUGAAAACGUACCCUUCGACUAUCGAAGGUUUGAUCAUGUCUUGGGUCGAAAGGUUUUCGAAUCCAUUGCCUAUGCACGAGGCUAUAAUGGAACUUACGCUGGCGAACGAGCGUCAUUUCGAAGAGGAAGAGUAA